AUGGAACCACGACACAAAACAGUACAGUCUUUGCCCACGACUGGAUAUAGCUUUUUCAAAACCUGUGAUGAACCUCCUAGAAGGAAACGUUCAACUUCACAUCGUCGGUAUCGUCGAGCUUUAAAUGAACAAGACUCCCCGCCGAAAUUCAAAAUCGUUUUCACUGACGAUGCUGACGAGGAACCAGAGCCUCCGUCGUGGAAAAAUGGAUGGAAUGAAACUUCAGCGGAAGAAGCUUGCAGGACAUUUAUUCAGGAUCAGAAAUUUUUGAAGAAAUGUGAAGAAGUUUUAGAAGCAACGGCCAAUGAUAAUGAAGAAGGUGUUCAAUCCUGCAUCGAAGAUAUCAAGUUUACUGGAGACACUAGGUUUAUGCAGUCCACCGCUGAUAGUCUUGCCAUAAGUUGUCGGAUGACGGCACUGAAACUAGAGAAUCUCACACAAACAACAACAGCCAUUGAUACGGGUGGUGAGACAAUACUGGAAACCAUGCUCAAUCUAGACUGUAGAAACAACUGUUCUGGAAACGGAGUAUGUCAACAAGGUCAGUGUGUAUGUUUUGGUGACUUUGAUGGUGCUGAGUGCUCCAUCAGGCCGAUACAGCCACCCAUUGUAUCCCCUCAGACAAACCCAGGGCUAUGUAAGCGUGAUGUGUAUGCUUGUAACACAUUCUUUGUGUCCGGGUCAAACUUUGCAGAUGAAAACAUGACAUGCAGAGCUGCUCAUUUCACGGUCACGGAGAACGGUUACAAUCUGACCUCAGUCAAUGACACAUUUCCAGCCAGGUCUGUUGGGGGCGGGUUUGGCUGUACGUGUACGAUCAGUGACGCCUUGAGGAGGAGAAAACGAUCUAUAGACGACGUCUCGGACAGGGUGAGGCGUUCUACAGAUGAGAAUCCCACGAUAGCAGAGGGUUUCUUCCUGAGUGUGUCUAACGACGGCUCGACAUUCAGUGAUGAAAUCGUCGUUAUCAUAUACGACUCCUGGUGCCAGACGUGUAAUACAACGAGUGUCUCCUGCUUCGAAUUCACUUCCUGCAUAACAACGACGCCCUCACCAACAACAACCAGUAUGGAUCCUUAUAAUACCACCUCUGACCAAACAACCAUGCUUCAAUCGACAACCACUUCGGAUGCAGCAACAAACACUGCUGACUCGACAACAACCACUAAUGAACCCACAACUACCACUACUGAACCCACAACUACCACUACCCAACACAUAACAACCACUAUCCAACCAACACCGACCACUACCGAACCCUCAACAACGAGUACUGAGCCGGUGAGAUGUGGAGUCGCACUCCGUUCCGCUGACAACAUACCGGGGUCUGUCACCUUAAGUGAAUCGUUCUAUGCUGGAAUUCAGACAGAUACACGGGAAUACGUGGUUACUGAAGGUGACUGGUUCGACAUACAAGUGAGACUUACUAUUCCUUUAGGAUGCUACUUCCAAGCUAAUUCUGCUCUAAACGAAAUUAAUGUCAUUAAGGAACACCAGUGUACGCUGACAGUUAGAAUAGUAAUUGGUAGGGACAGUUCCGGUACCUUUUGCUCUGCUGGAGGUCUAACAAACGAACCUAUCUCCUUCGGAGGAUAUGGCUGUGGUUUACAAUUCAAUCAUUCAAACUGGGACUCUGCGCUGGCCGUCCGUGUUUACGGGGCGUCUGAUAACCUUGUAAAUGUGCGGAAUAGAGAGGUAAAAGUGCGCCUUAUAGCGGAGGAAGUCGUGAUUCGUCACAACGCCUGGAAUGCUGCCUCUUCUCAGAACAUUUCCGUGAGCGUCGUUGAUGCAGACAUCCGGGUCGUCACCAGUGUAUGUAAAAGCUACAAUGAUCCACACAUCCGCACGUUUGAUGGCAGGAGCUGGGAAAAUCAGCGGCUUGGCGAAUUCGUGUUAUACUAUAAUAAGGACAAACAGCUUUCGGUACAUGCCAUGUAUCAAACCUGUGCCAAUGACGUCCCUGGAGCGACCUGUAACUGUGGAUUGGCCGUAAGGAAUAAAAAGGCUCGCUUUGUCGCCAACUUCUGCUCUGCUCGAAUCGGAUGGUUGGUUAGUGACGUAACCAGGUCAAACCGGUACAUAGAGGGGUCCUUUUGUGACGACACACACAUGGCGAUAGAGAACAACGGAAAUUCAUAUAAGAUAACAUUGCCAACAGGCACGCAGAUAUCCUUCUACCACAUCACAGACAACAGCAGUACAACCAUUGGUGGUAUCACAAUCAAGCCCUCUAUUGCUGACUGGCAAACGUCCGGGGGACUCUGUGGCUUCCUGGACGGAAAUAUUACCAACGAUUUCAGGACGAGGGAUGGUGGAACGACAAGUGAUGAACGAACAUUUGCACUGGACUGGAAAAUAACGGGACAAACUGGUGACGUAUCUAUGUUUGGUGGUGCCAGCUUGCCGGAUAUCAAUACAAUGUCGCCAAGGUAUUGUAAAUGUAGAGACCGAGUGGCUCAUGGUGACGUCACUACUGCCGAAUGUAACCUCGAGUCUGCCACGGCUCUGUGUUCUGGCACUGGAUCCGACAGCUUUUUCAAAUCUUGCGAUGAAACUUUUCGUCGGAAGCGGUCGGCAUCUGAACCUCUUCAGAGACAUAGACGAGCUGCAGGUGACGGCGAUGUAGUGGCCAAGUUCCCAAUAGUUCUGGAGAGUGACGCUGACCUAGAUCCGACGCCUUUGUCAUGGAGGAAUGGAUGGGAUGAACAGUCAGCGACAUCAGCUUGUAGACAAUUUUUGGAGAAUCAGAAGUUUUUACAGAAAUGUGAAGAGAUACUACCCGAAAUGAGAAACGAGACAACAACAGGGAUCCAAGCCUGUGUUGAAGAUAUCAAGCUGAUUGGAGACAGCAGGUUCAUGCAGUCAACGGCCGAUACGUUGUCCGAAAGUUGCCGGAUGACGGUAGUCAGACUAGAAAACCUCACCAUGACGUCAUCACCUCGUACACCUGGCAAAUCGGUGUUAGGCGAAAUGUUGGACCUAGAUUGUAGGAAUAAUUGCUCCAGCAACGGAAGAUGUACAAACGGAAGCUGUGAAUGUUUUGACGACUUCGAGGGAAGUGACUGUUCUAUACGGCGAUCAUUACCUCCUAUUAUGUCAUCACGGACAAACCCAGGACUGUGUCAAAGUGACGUAUACGCUUGUACUACCUUCUAUGUCUCCGGCUCGAAUUUUGCAAGUGAAAAUGUGACUUGUAGAGCUGUCCAUCUCACGAUACACGAAUCAACAUACCAGCUGACGUCACAGAACGAGACAUUUCCAGCUGUACCAAUGUCCGGUGGUAUAGGCUGUUCAUGUUCUUUACCACAGUCUCCCCGGAUAAGGCGAUCUUCGCAUGACAAUGCUGCGAUUGCAGAGGGAUUUUUCCUCAGCGUUUCAAAUGACGGUGUUGUUUUCAGUGAUGAUGUAGCAAUUAUCGUUUACAACUCAACAUGCUUUACCUGUAACACAACGUCCAUCUCGUGUAGUGUAAAGAGUUCUUGUCAGUCUGCAACACCUACGCUACCUACAACGUCACCAAGCAGCGGCUCCGUUGGUACCACACUGUUUACAACACAGGACGAUCAACAUCAUGGAUACAUCAACAUCGGAUUAGUGGUUGGCGUUGUUAUUGGAGGAUUAGGAAGUGUCGUCGUGGUACUGUUGCUGACAAAACUCAUCUUGGUUCGCGUGACAUCGGAAAAGCCACAAACAGUCGACUUGGUGCACUACAACAGACGAAACAGUUAAUGGGAGCAUGGCAGAGGCUAUCCGAGUCGACGACGAUCCUCUCUAUACAGCCGCAUACAAAUGUGAUUUCAUUAAGGGUCUUUGUCAUCCAAUUAUUUACUUGUUUUCAAUGACUGUUUAAAGUCCCGUUGGUUAGAAUUAUCCGUUUCAUCUUGUAAAUAAACAAUGGCAGUAGCUUGGAAUAUACGUACCGGACCUACAGAAUCAUUUUAUGUAUACAGUUUGAACAAUGAUAUACAAUUUGUAUUUUUCCAAAUACAGUUUCACUACUUUGAGAGAAUUCAAGUAAUUCUAUAUUUGUAUUUAACAACAUAUGUAUAUAUCAGAUAUCAAUUUAACGUAAUUCCCAAUACUGUGGUGAUAUGAAGGAUAAUGCUCGUCACUUCGUCACAAUAUUACGUCGUUUUCUCUGACGUCACUAUUUUAAGUCACGCAAAUUCUUACCGCCCACUUAAUAAAACAGUUUCAUUAACGUUACUUGCAACGAUUUAUCAUGGGCUGGUAGGACCGGGCGAUUCCAUAAUAAAUAGUGUUAGGAAUUGACACUGUGUUGAUGUGGGACUUACUCUUGCUAGGAAGCAGUACAUAGUAAUACAUUUAAUAUAAUAAGUACUGUUUAAUAUAUCAUUACCAUAAACCAUUGUUAGCACAAUAUAUUUCAGCUUUAUAAAAUAACGCAAAUGUUAUUUUGAUAAUGCGCAAAUCAUACACUCAUUCCGAUGGUUUUGUAUAAAGAUACAUUUAAAAUUAGUUUUAAAUGUUUUAUAAUGCACAUGUACAAUCAAACUAGUAUGUAAUCAUCACUUAAAUGAUUCUACCCUAUCCUAUAAUCGUUUGAGUGGAUAGUGGACUGGUCAUCAAGAAUGCGUGUCAAGUUCCAGUGUAUCAGGUGCUGAUAAUAACGCCUCUGUUAGACCAUGUACGCAAAGAACUGUUCACUAGUGUUAUCAGUAAACAUUCAAUAAAUUAAGCUGUAUUAUUUAAUCAGUUGUAGAGUUAGUAUCAAUGUCAGACCCUGUUCCGUAACAUAUUUCGUUAAGAUGGCUGUCAAGUUCAAAUGGAAGCGGGAAACAAGCAUAGAACAUAGUCUGGUCAUUAUUUUCAUAAUAAGUUUUUAAAUUCAACGACAAAAUUGAUAUUUCAAAUAAAUUAUUAUUUACUUAUACAUUUGUAUAGUUUUAUUGAAAAUGUGUUGCACAAUCGGUUGUUUGUCUUAGUUAUGCUGUUUAAUUAUCCUCUAAUGACGGACUGUUUUGUUACACAAACCAGUAGACUUACAGAAGUUCUAGUAACUAGGCUUAAUCUUCAAUUUAUUAGGAAAAUAUGUCUUAAUUGGAAUAUUAGAUUGGAAUAUUGCUUUGAACGAUUCCAUGUAUUGAGUUGGUCUGGUGCCAAAUUCAAUAGUUCAUUAAUUUUUUCUUAAAUGCAACUCAAUUCAUCACCCGAUGGAUUAGACUAAAGCAUCAUUCAAUCCUUAUGAUGGGAAAUAAUUGCUUGUAAUUGCAUUUGAAUGUAAACGUGGUGUCGCUAAUUUCAAAACUUAUAUGCGUUACAUAAAUAAUAUCUUAACAUAUAUGCUGUUCAUUAUCAUGUUAUUACAAUUUUUAGUUUAGUGAAUUUUCAAAAUAACCAUUUAUUAAUAAAUACUUUGUUUUUGUUAAACAGCCCAAAUUCAAUAUUGUUUUUGGAUUUCGUUGUGAAAAUAUGACAAUCCUUCAGAUCAAAUGUGCUUCAACUAACUACUGACCAAAUGUUUUAUUUUGUUAUGGUAUAUCUUAUAAUAAAGUUAUCGUGAUGUUCAGUCA